GUUUCAAAAGCUUAACAAGUCAUAACAGAACAAAAGCUCUUUAUUUUGUUGGGACUUUGCAGAAAGUGAUGUUUUUCCUAAACUAAUUUGACUGCGAUCCACACGUUAAUAAUUCAUCUUUGUAUUUUACUAUGUUAACAGAUUGGAACACACCUUCAGCUGACAUCAUCCUCUCAACAAUAUUAAAUGCCAACAGGUCAGAUCGGUUUGCUCCACACACUUCAGCAGGUAAGCCUACUGUUGUAUUUGCAGAGGUUAUUUUGAAAGUUUUGGUGCCAUGUUUUUAUUUAUUGAUAAAGCAGUAAAAGGCACCAGAUAAAAUGGAUCUCAGUUUAGUUUUGUUCUAUCCUGUUGAGUUUUAUAACAACUUAUAAAGCUUUCCCCUGAAUUGUGUCUCUUUAAUUUCUUUGUUAUUUUUCAGUAUUUUAUAGCUUAAAGUUUUCAUCAUGGCCACGAUAAAGCCCAUUCUGAUGCUUGUGCUGUUUUCAGGACUUAUGCAGUCAGUGUUUGCGGCAAAUCGUUUACGGUAUUUCAGUAAUGUGACAGAGAUAUUAAAUUUCACAGCGGCCCAAAACAAAUGUGAUGAGAAUGGAGGAUCUCUGGUCACUCUAUAUGAUCAGGAAGAUGCCGACUUUGUUCUGAAUCUAACCAAAUCUAUAGGUGAUGAUAAUCAUUCAAGCUACUGGCUUGGUCUGUAUAAGAAUUUAAGUGCAAACGCCACUUGGUCAAAUGGUGACCCAUUCAAUGGCCCAGGUGUUCACUUAGAAGGUGGAAAACAAAUAUGUAUGGCUAUUGGAAAUGGAACAUGGAUGAAUUUCAGCUGUUCAGACCGAAAACCUUUCAUGUGCCAAAAAGGUAAAAAUUACUCCCUGAUUGAAGAGGAAAAAAACUGGUGCCAGGCGCUGCAGUACUGCAGAACACAUUAUACUGAUUUAGCCAGCGUCAACACAACACGGCACGACGAAGAGCUGAAACAAGAAAAUACGAAUAAGACCUACUGGAUUGGGCUCAUGCAUGAUGAAUGGAAAUGGGAUGACAACAGCUGUUCAACAUAUAGAAACGAGGCAAAUAUUGCCUUGGAGCCUAAUUCAAGUUAUUCCAUUCUCUCCUGGACAACUGGUUUCCUAUGGAAGUCAGGUGAACGGGCAUCGUUACUUUGCACCAAAGGUCAUGUGAGAAUCAAAGUGAUUAAUGAACCUAAAACUUGGGAGGCAGCCAUUGAGUACUGUAAGGCUCACCACACACGCUUGCUGUGGAUUGAAGACCAGGAGGAUCAGAAGGCUGUUGAGCAGUGGUUACGACACACACCUGUUUCUGGCUACACUAAGUCAUUUUGGAUCGCUCUGAAACAGAGUUCUGUGUUUGGAUUCUGGAUCUGGAGCGACAGAAUAGUGAACUGGAACAACUGGAAAGACGGAACAAUGCCAGAGGCCCCGUUGUCUGAACAGUGUGGUGUGAUGGAUGCCGGGAGCUUCAAAUGGAGAGAUGAGAACUGUUGGCACAGGUUGUCUUUUCUUUGUGAAGAGGAGAUCUUCUACAUGGAUAAGUAGUAGUUAAUAGUUAUUUCUACUAACGGGAUUGGCAUACUUGUUCAAUUAACUUCCUGCAUGAAAAAGUACUCGUCUUUAAAUGUUUAAGUGGACAUAUUUUGACUUUAAACCUGCAACAUGUGGACAUGUCCACAUUGUGCAGAUAUUUUAUUGGUCCACACAAUGCAAAGCACAUUAACACUUGGUUUUGGAGGUAUGGUGAGAAUUAGCUUUGAGUUUAGAUUAGUUUAAUGUUAGGAUUAGAACCCCAUUGGUUAUGGUUAGUAUUCGGGUAUGGUUUAGGCAUAGUGGAGUCACUAAAAUGAAUGGAAGUCAAUGGAGGACCACACAUAUACAGUAAAUGCAAGUGUGUGUGUGUGUGUGUGUGUGUGUGUGUGUGUGUGUACUUGUUUAACUGUCCUACUUAAGGCCAAAACUGGCAUAUUCACCAAUCUUGUGAAGACCGAUGGGCCUCAUUAGGACUUCAGGUCGUUGGGGAGUGAGUGAGUGAGUGAGUGUGUGUGUGUGUGUGUGUGUGUGUGUGUGUGUGUGUGUGUGUGUGUGUGUGUACUUUAACCCUCUAAUUUUCUUACACUAUUUUAGAAAAUUGUUUAGUUUCACUACCAAAUAAACUGAAUCAGGUCAACACUUGUCAAACUGAAGUUGUAGCUAUUCAUUUGCUUGCUUGCUUGUUUGUUUAUUUGAUUUUAUAAUAUUUUUUAAUAUAAUACAGUUAUUGAAAGCUGAAUGCCAUUUUAUCAGUCUAGACAUAGUAUAUAAUUCAUGCUCUAACAAGUGUUUAACUAUUAAAUUGGGUCACUUGUGCAGACUUUAACUCUUUAUGUGUUGCCUAAAAAUAGAAUAUAGUUUAAAAUCUGAAAAAAAAAACGUAAAGAACAAACUAAUAAAAAAUUUACAAAAAUAAUUUGAAAGUGACAUGGUCAAAAAUGGUUUAAAUUUAAAUAAUCAUUAAGGCAUUUCAGUGAGCUCUCCUUAAAACUUUUAAAGUUAAACUUUUCUUAAUUUAACCUGAACAACAUUGAGAAGCUGUCCAGUUGAAGGUCUUGGCUGGGCUCUUCCUGUGUGAAGGUUGCACUUUUUCCCCAUUCACACAUGGAUUAACAUGAAGGUUUGGUUCAUUGAGAACUUUCCUUCAGGUGAGUGUCUGAGUGUGUGCUUUGUCUUUGUGAGGUUUGGUGAACAGCAGUUGACCUUUUUAUCUCUACCCUGCAUUCAUGUGUGUGACUGAUGUCGAACAGAUUUCUUCCCAAAUGUUAGAAAUUAACAAUCAACAAUAAAAGACAACAGAAACGUUAAAGGCUUAGUGUGCAAACGUGUUUGUGUUUUCAUACACAUACAUAUUUAAGAGGAUAAUAGAUCUUUAUUUGUCUUUCUCAUCUCUUUAGAACUAAAUAUUAAUUAAAUCCAUGAGUUUCUAAAACUUUUCCCCCUCUCAGUUGUGAUUCUUAGCGUGACCUGGGUUUGGACAAAUGCACCAGUGAAAACAAGACUAAACAACGAAGGGAUAGGUCUCUCCCCCAUUCUCCCUUCAUUGGAAGGGAGGGAGAGAGCAGCAGACAGAGGGAGGGAGAGACAGUGAGACAAUCUGUAUGGCUCUUCAAACUAUUAAUGUCAUGGUGUGAGCCCGAGGCUCCUGGUGACACCGGAGAUAAGUGAACGUAUUUAGUGCAGCACGUCGCACGCACACACAUAAGCACACGCUAAACAGCUCUGCAGCUCAUGGCCUUCCCGUGACACGGUCUAAUCACUGGUCUCAAUGUUCCCCAUUAAACGGGCACAGACUCAGUGACGGCUAUAUUAUCUGCAGAGGCUGGCAGAGAGAUUGUUCUAGGGAGAGGAGGGUGUCGAUCUGUGAAGUUUUGGACUUGUUGCCUGUGUGUGAUCAUGUAACCUUCAUGGUAAUGUUCUGAGGACAGAAGCUAAAUUUAAAUCAGCAGCAAAAGCAGUAAAACUAGGAUUUUUAUAGUCAGGUUGUGGUCAGAUUUCAGGGCAGCAAAGAUUUUUAAUUUUAUUCAUUUUCAUUUCCUCACUCCUAAAGUGCCUCGUGAUUUUUAUCUUGAGAGGUGCUAUAUAAAAGAUCAUUUUCUGUCUGUCAAACAUCGCCUCAUCUUGGAUGAACAGUACACACUGCUCGGGCCAAGAAACAAGGAGCAGAAAGCGACGACGUUAUCAAGUCCCCUCAGGUCAACUUGCUGGAACAAGGUGUGAAAGAAUGAACUCAGAAUAAUAAAAGGGGAAAUGAGUCAUGAACGGCUGCAGAGUAAAAGUGGAACUUAUACCUGAAAUGGAGGUGGUGAUAAUGAAAUGUGUGUGUUUAAAAUAAUUCCAUUCAAGUUUAUUUAUGUGGCGCCAAAUCACGACAAGAGUCAUCUCAAGGUACUUCACACAGUAAACACUCCAGUACAGGUCAGUUCAUUAACCAAUCAGUAAAAAGUUUACUAUAUAAGGAAACCUGAAAAUUGCACUGACUGGUGUCAGUGACUUUACAGCAAUCCUCAUACUAAGCAAGCAUGCAGCGACAGUGGAGAGGAAAACUCCCUUUUAACAGGAAGAAACCUCCAGAGGAUCCUGGCUCAGUAUAAGCAGCCAUCCACCACGACUCACUGGGGAUCGAGAAGGCAGAGCAGUCACAUGCAUACACCAACCCACCCACCCACCCACCCACCCACACA